UCCAAUGCCACCCUCUCCCUCCCUCCUUGCUCAAUGCUCCAGCACGCUCUGGUGCCACCUCCGAUCCCUACCGCUCUGGGCCUUCGUCCUCGUCGUCCUGCUCCUCGGCGCCGUCCGUCAGCGCGUGCUCCCUUCUCGCCCUCCUCCUCCCCGACGGCCCGCCGCCACCGCCGCCGUCGCGGACAAGACGAGGAGAUCCCCCAGCCCGUCUUCUCUCGCGUCGUCCUGAACAAAAGCAGACAGACAGACAUAAGAAUCCAUCGCAAGGGUUAUCCCCCCCUCCGGACCUGACCUCGACACUCCCCUCGCAAUGGCGUCCGCAAUCGCGAAGGCGACCCGCACCGAGGCCGACCUGGACCGCGUCCCCGUCCGCGUCGUGCGCUUCGUCCGCCUCGCCACGGCCGGCGGGCUGGCCUACGCCGCCUACCGCGUCCACUGGCGCGUCCUCCUCGCCAACUUCUUCACCGGCCCCGGCCGCGUCAGCCGCAUCCUGAUGCUCUUCUUCGCCCUGCUGAACCUCAAGAACAUGCCCUUUGUCUGGACCUACCGCGUGUGGUCCGCCAUCAUCUACCACCUCUUCAUCCGCAAGUCCCCCCGCCUCGGCCCGCGCUCCCUCUUCCGCCCCAUGAUCAGCCAGUCCCACGCGCCCAUCACGGAGAUCGACUACAACAUCCACAAGUCCAACUCGACCUACUUCGCCGACCUCGACGUCUCCCGCACCCACCUGUGCACCUACCUCCUCCGCCCCGGCUUCCGCCGCCUCGCCCACAACGCCACCACCGGCCUCGUCCUCGACCCGGCCUCGGGCAAGCCCGCCCGCGGCCCCCUCGGCAUCAUGCUCGGCGCCGUCCACUGCUCCUUCCGCCGCGAGAUCACCGCCUACGCCCCCUACGAGAUGUGGUCCCGCGUCCUCGCCUGGGACCGCAAGUGGCUCUACAUCGUCACCCACUUCGUCCCCAAGGGCACCGCCCGCCCGACCGAGUGGCUCGACCCCAAGUUCGGCACCGCCCGCGUGCGCCGCGGCCCCGGCGGCGGCGCAGCCAACGCCAACGCCGACAGCAAGGACUGGGAGAAGAAGAUCUACGCCACCGGCGUGAGCAAGUACGUCUUCAAGAUCGGCCGCCUCACCGUCCACCCGGCCGUCGCCCUCGAGGAGAGCGAGCUGCUGCCCCAGCGCCCCGACGGCGGCUGGCAGGGCGGCCCCAACGGCGUCGGCGACGAGGACGUCGACCUGAGCGACGUCGCCGACGACGGCGCCUGGGACUGGAGGAUGGUCGAGAAGAGGCGCCGCGAGGGCAUGAAGUACGCCGCCCGCUUCGCCAGCAUGGACGACCUGCACGGCUGGCUCGACGGCGCCGACGGCGGCGACGGCAGCGCGCUGGCCAAGUUUGGCGGCUAGUCGCCGGGUCGCGUGGUGAAGGCGGGGGAGGAGCAGAAGCGGGCGGGCAGGGCGAGGGACGAUUGAUACCCGAUAGAAAUUUUGCCUGGAAUAUAGAUAGACUAGGGUUGGGAACUUUUUGGCCGUACAAGGACCUGGCCAAGCCAAACAAGGGCAGGGCCACAUUACAUGUGUGGGAAGUCUCUCGCACCUGAGGGGGGCAUGG